AUGCGUUUAAAUCCCCCUAUAACUAGUUUAGCAAUUAAAAGAAUGCUAUUCACAAAUGAUGUGAUUGAAUUGGAUAUUGAAGAAUUACAUGAUAUUGUAAACUUCAGACCAUAUGAAAACGUCUCAGACAAUACAGAAUUGGUAGCUUGCAAAGAAUCCAUUGAAUCCUUUAGACUUAUUUCAGAAUGGUACUUCAGCAGCUAUAAUUCAUUAGAACUGGUAAGUUGUCGAAUGAGGGGAAAACCAACACUACUAUUGCAUAUGGACGCUUCAAAACUACAUGGCCAAUAUUUUGUACUACCAACUAAGAACAAAUAUGUCAUUACAUUUCAGGAGGAUGGUAUGAGAUAUCUCAUAGGAAUGAGUGUAACCAAUUAUGUGUUAUCUCAUACCAACUGUACAGAUAUCAGAUUCCACAAAAUACAUUUCACUACAGAUGGAAUAUCAUCACUGAUUGGAAUCAACUGCAAUAUCCAUAAGAGAAAUGCAAGAACAAUAUUUCGCAAUCCGAUGCUGAUUAGGAAGGAUCUUCUCUCAAAGAUAUUUAGUGGAUUCACAACAUCCACUGGAUUUAAAUUUGUUGCCAAAAGUGAAUUAGAGAAAUUGUGCUCUAAUCUCAAGAACAAAUAUUCUACACUAUUUGUAUUUGAUAAAGCAUACACAUUUCAGGACAUCAACAACAUACCAGAAUAUAAAUUAGGAAAGAAAGAAAAAGAGGAAGAGAAGAAAAAGAAAAGCACUGUAAAGCCAGUCAAGGAGAAGAAAGCAAUGUUGAUGCUUGUGAUAUUGCUUGGAAUAUUGAUAUCAAUAAUGCUGAUUUUGAAUAUCAAAAUAAAACGGAAAUAA